AUGCGAAAUACAUCAAAAAAUGUUAAGCAAGUUUCAAGCAGUAGUGAUUUAGAUACAAGUGGGUCUGAAGAUGAUAAUUUAAAGCAAAAUUUAUCAAAACAAAAGAUAAGCGGACCGAUUUCGACUCCAACUAAAAAGUCCAAAUCAGCUCAAGAAACCAAAAAAAAUUAUAGCAAAGAUUCAAGUAGUAGUGACUCGAGUUCAAGUGAAUCCGAAAACGAUAGUGAUAAGGAAGAGGCCAAUAAUUUGGGGCCAAAUUCAUCAAAACCAAAAAUAGAUGAAUCUAUUUAUGCUCCAACUAAGAAGUCUAAGCCAGAUCAUAAAGAAAAUGGCCAAAAUAAGGGAAAAGAUUCCAGCAGCAGUGACUCGAGUUCAAGUGAAUCUGAAGACGAUAGUAAUAAGGAAGAAGCCAAUCAUUUGAAGCAAAAUGAAAAUGAUGGGCAAGAUUCAGGCAGUAGCGAUUCGAGUACAAGUGAAUCUGAUGAGGAAAAGGCCAACUAUUUGGGGCAAAAUUCCUCAAAACGAAAUGUAAGCGGACCGAUUUCUGCUCAAACUAAAAGAUCCAAACCAGAUCAUAAAGAAAAUGGCAAGAAAGAAAAUAUUGACCAAGAUUCAAGCAGUAGUGACUCGAGCGCAAGUGAAUCUGAAGACAACGAUAGAAAUGGACCUAUUUCUGCUCCAAUCAAAAAGUCAAAACCAGAUUAUGAAAAUGGCAAAAAUGAAAAUGAUGGACAAGAUUCAAGCAGCAGUGACUCGAAUACAAGUGAAUCUGAAGAGGACGAUAGUGACGACAGUGAUAAAGAAGAGGCCAAUUAUUUAGAUCAAAAUUCAUCAAAACGAAAGUUGAAAGGACCGAUUUCUUCUCUAACUAAAAAGUCCAAACCAAAUCAUGAAAAUAGCAAAAAUGAAAAUGAUGUGCAAGGUUCAAGCAGUGACUCGAGUGCAAGUGAAACUGAAGAAAACGAUAGUGACAAGGAAGAUACUAAUGACUUUGAGCAAAAUUCAUCCAAAAGAAAGGUAGAUGAAUUUUCUACACCGGCUAAAAAGCCAGUUAAAAAGCCAAAGGUUGAUGACAACAUGUCUUCAAGUAAUACAGUAUUCGUUGGUCGUCUCUCAUACAAUGUUGAUGCUGAUUGGUUAAAGGAUGAGAUGAAAGAUGCUGGAGAAAUAGUAGAUGUACGUAUAGUUUUUGAUAAGACAACUGGAACGUCGAAGGGGUUUGGAUAUAUAGAAUUUACUAGUCCUGAAGCAGCACAGAAUGCAUUAAAGUUCACGGGAAAAGAAAUUGAUGGCAGGUCUAUUCAUGUGGACCUUGCUAGCCCAAAAAAUGGUGCAAAUGGUGCUAGCUUCAAAAAUGGACAACAUAAAGACACAAGCGAAGUCAGUGAUACCCUCUUUGUCGGUAAUUUGUCUUUUAAGGCUACGGAAAAAAAUGUUCGUGAUGUUUUCAGUAGUUACGGGCAAAUUAUUUCGGUCAGACUCCCAACCGCUAUUGGUGCGGAGAAUCAUAAAGGCUUUGGCUAUGUUCAAUUUGCGGACAUUAGCAGUUCUCAGAAAGCCAUGGAAUUGAAUGGUACGGAAAUUGAAGGUCGUUAUAUUCGGCUCGAUUUUUCUUCGAGCAGACAAACAAAUGACAGAGGUUCUCGCUUCAACGGUCAUAAUGGUGGUCGCGGAAUGGGAUUCAGAGAAAUUGCACGGGGGGCGAAAUGCCUUAUCCGGAUGGAAGGCAAUCAAACUAUAAUUACUAGGCCAACAGACUCCAGUGAUCCUGGUAAUGCAAAAGCCGUCGCUAAAAAGGAUGCCGAAGAUGUCAAAGCUUUUACUUUCGAUAAAUCAUAUUGGUCCUUUGAUAAAAAUGAUCAUAAUUACGCUACUCAGGCACAUUUAUAUAACGACCUCGGAGAAGAACUUUUAAACCACGCUUUUGAAGGAUAUAAUACUUGUAUUUUUGCAUAUGGUCAGACUGGUGCUGGUAAAUCCUAUUCUAUGAUGGGAUACGGAGAAGAUAAAGGAAUUAUUCCCCUCACGUGUUGCGAGUUAUUCAAUCGAAUUGGCCGUAUGAAUGAUCCUAAUGUUACAUACCAAGUUCAAGUUUCUUAUAUUGAGAUUUACAACGAACGCGUUCGCGAUCUAUUGAAUCCUAAAAAUAAAGAAAAUCUUAAAGUUAGAGAACAUCCUGCUCUUGGGCCAUAUGUUGAAGACCUAUCCAAGUUAAUCGUCAACUCGUUUCAAGAUAUCGAAAAUUUAAUGGACGAGGGUAAUAAGGCAAGAACUGUGGCUGCAACAAACAUGAACGCAACUUCAAGUCGUUCGCAUGCCGUAUUUACAUUAUUACUAACGCAAAAACGUCAUGACGAGCAGACUAAUAUGGAUACCGAAAAAGUGUCUCGUAUUAGUCUUGUGGAUUUAGCCGGUUCAGAACGUGCUAAUGCUACAGGUGCAACCGGACAACGCCUAAAAGAAGGUGCUAAUAUUAAUAAAUCAUUAACCACACUGGGUAAAGUCAUUGCAGCUUUGGCUCAACAGUCUAGUGGUAGCUCCUCCAAAAAGGAUUCGUUCGUUCCUUAUAGAGACUCUGUCUUAACGUGGCUACUUAAAGACAGUUUGGGAGGUAACUCCAAAACAGCUAUGAUCGCUGCUAUUUCUCCAGCAGAUUAUGAUGAGACACUAAGCACUCUUCGCUAUGCUGAUGCCGCAAAACGUAUCAAAAACAAGGCUGUAGUUAAUGAAGAUCCUAAUGCGAGACUCAUUCGUGAACUUAAAGAAGAAUUGCAAAUGUUACGAAGCAAAUUGGGUGUCGAACCAGGCGACGUUCAUGACCCUAGUGUUCCUGAAAGUCAACAAGUCAUUGUAUUUAAAGAUCCCGAGGGUAACGUUAUUAAGAAAACGAAGGAAGAACUCUUCGAUCAAAUUCAAGCGUCAGAGAAGUUGAUGAAAGAAGUAAAUGAAACUUGGCAGGAAAAGAUAAGGCGUACGGAAGAAAUUCAACUGGAGCGAGAAAAAACGUUGGAAGAACUUGGAAUCAUGGUCGAAAAAAAUGCUGUUGGUGUACAUCCUCCUAAAAAGGUGCCACACCUUGUCAAUCUCAAUGAAGAUCCUCUUAUGUCGGAAUGUUUGGUUUAUCAAAUUAAGAAUGGAAUUACGCGCGUGGGCCGCCUUGAUUCAGAAACUCCAUCUGAUAUACGUCUAAGUGGUGAUAAAAUAUUGGACAAUCAUUGCCACUUUGAAAAUGAAAGGGGAGUGGUAACAUUGCACCCAUCCCCCGAAAGCACAACUAUGGUUAAUGGCCAGCGAAUAAGUAAGCCAAGGAAGUUGAAAUCGGGAUUUCGUGUCAUCCUUGGAGAUUUUCAUGUAUUCAGGUUUAAUAAUCCUGAAGAAGUUAGACGUGAACGUGAGAAAAUUAAUAAGCCUCCUUUACAAAUCAAUUCAAACAUCAUGCCUCCUAGUGGAAGUGUAGAUGACAUAAAAGCACCCGACUCCCCAACUUCAACGGCUUCUCUCAUGUCGGAGGCCGUUUUUGAUUGGAAUUAUGCAAGAAGAGAAGUGGCACUUAAGUAUUUGAGUAAUAACGGUCCUGAUGCACCAGCUCUUAGUUCUUUACCAGACGACGAUCUUCAGAGACUUAUGGAUGAUUUAAAAAAGAUCCAAAGCCUUAGAAAGAUUCGUCCUGAUAGUCGAAGUGGUGAUUUUGAUGACACUGCUUCAGAAAAAACUGCUUCAAUUGGUGACAACCUUGAGUCCUCGUAUGGUCCCGCUACACCAUCAAUCGAAUAUGAAGAGAAAAUUAGAGUCAUUAAAGAAGAGAUGCAACGGGAAUGCGAUAAUCUAAAACAAGAAUAUGAAGAAAAGAUGAAACUAAUAGAAACAUCAAACCUUGAAACAGAUGUUCUAAGAGCCGAGAAAAAACAGAUGGAAGAAAAACUUAAAAUGGUUCAAGAGGAAAUGAAAAGAGUUUUAGAAGCUCAAGCUCAAGAAUAUGUACAAAAAACGAAACGAUUGUCCGACGCUUCUCAAUAUACUUACUCACCUGAUACUCCGCCUUAUACAGAAGAACAAUUGCGUCUUAUUAGAAUGGCGCUUACAAAGUGGAGACGUCAGAGAUUUGUUCAGAUGGCAGAGGUCAUACUCAGUAACGCAGUCAUAUUAAAGGAAGCAAAUGUUAUUAGUAAAGAACUUGGUAAAAAAAUACUUUAUCAAUUUACCAUUAUUGAAGAUGAACCGUACACUAAUCCCGUAUCAUCUUGUGAGAGCACUUCAGCUUUGAAUCAAUACAAUCAUAAUGAAGAUACAUCAUUACACUUCUCUAAGAAACCAUGCAUUGGUGUUAAAGUUAUAGACACUAAAAAUGAUGUUAUAUAUAUAUGGUCACUUGAUAAACUUAAAAGUCGUCUACAAAAAAUGCGUAAUCUAUAUAAUUUUAUCGACCGCCCGCAAUAUAGCAAACAUUUUAAUUGGGAAGACCCUUUCUACGAAAAUCCUUCUCCACAAUAUACUUUUAUAGGUAGUUGUUCUAUCGGUUUGAUAUGCUUGCUUUUAAAAGCGGAAUACGAAUAUGAUGCACCGAUUAUUUGCCGAUACUCCGGUGAUCUUGCUGGUUAUUGUCGCAUUCGCAUUAAAUUUCUCACAGAGUUUGAAGAAUCAUCUUCAAAGGAUACACCAACAACAGAUGAUAAACAAAAAGAAAUAUCUCAGAAAUUAUUAGUUAAUAAAUUGGUUGUCUUUGAGGUUAGCAUUAUAGAACUUUGUGGUAUUUCGGAGUCACGAUACGACCAAGUUCACGUACAGUAUAAAUUGUCUUCCUUCGGGAAUGUUGCACCUCUUUCUUCCGGUGAACAUGUAUAUUGCACAGAACGUGCUAAUGAUUUCGGAAAUUCAAAAAUUACCUAUAACUACAAAAAAAAGUUAACUAUGGACGUAUCUCCCGCUAUGAUGGAGGUACUUACUAAUGGUGUGCUUACUUUCGAAGUAUUUGGCCGCGCCAAACGUAUUGUAUUAGACGAAAUAGAACGGUGGGAUAAUGAGAAAGAAUGUCCAUCCUAUAGAAAAAACAGUGAAAAUGUUACACCUGAAUCUUCAGUUCCUAGAGAGAGACGUUCGGAAGAAGAAUUGAUAGCAGAAGAAAAACAUGAUGUGGUUGCAUGGGUUCAAGUUUGCGAACUUGCUUCCACAGGGGAGUAUGUGCCAGUUCAAGUCCUUUCGCAAAAUUCUCUUGAUCCAGGUGCAUUUUUCUUACGACAAGGUCUUCAACGACGUAUUGUUCUAACGUUAACACAUAAUUCUGGUCGACAAUUUCCAUGGACUCGAGUGUCAAAAAUGGAAAUCGGUCGGGUACGGUUACUUGAUGGAAAGGGAAGAUUGUCUGAAUCACCAGUUCAGAAUGACAUACAGAUGAAUUUACUACCAACACAAACUGUCCAAUUUAAUAGAGAUGGAACCAGUGUUAUUGUAGUCCAAGCAUCAUGGGACAGUACACUUCAUGAUUCUAUUUUCCUGAACAGGACUACACAUUCUAGUAGUAGAGUUUUAUUAGGGCUCACAUGUUACGUAGAAGCCGAAAAAUGUGUGGAACCAAUUACCUUCUCGAUGGAUAUUGCAGUGCAAGUCCAAGGUCGUGAGGCUCGGCCACCAUCAAGGUUGAUACAACUAUUAAAUCAAUCCAAAGUAUUAUGGAAAUCUAGCGGGCUAUUUUCCGUCACACUUAAACCUCCAAUGACUCGAAAAAUUUCUGAACUUUGGCGGCUUAAUACCGCAAAUAAAUAUGUUCGUGGGGAAGAACUUUUGAUAGAUUGGAAACCUCGUGGAGUGUCAUUAGUCAAAGAUUAUAAAAAAAUUAGUGAACUUAUACGUAGAAGGGAAGCAGUUGAUUGUAUGAAACAAGUCAUUGCGUUAAAGGGAGCAAAAGAAUAUGAGCAAUUUAAAAGUGCCGAAGAUUUACGUAAAUAUGUUUUAACACUCUGGACGAAAAGAUGGGGAACAAUGAAAGAGAUCGUUAUAAACCAAGAGCCACCACUCUCAGGACUCCAUCAAGACAUAGAAUUGUCAAGGGGAAAGAAACCAACUAAAUUGGUUGCACAAGUUCGGAUGGUGGCAAAAACUGAUACGAUAACUAAAAAAGGGUAUCUAUUUACUCCUGAAGAUGCUAACGAUGAUCAUUGGGUUAAAAGGUGGUACGUCUUGAGAAGACCAUACCUAUUCAUCUACGAAUCACCUAAAGAAACUGAAGAACAAGGCGUUAUUAACUUGGCAUCAGUUAGAGUUGAUUAUAAGAGGGAUUUAGAAGAUAUGCUUCAGCGUCAACAUGUAUUCGCCAUAUACACCAACAACAACGCAUAUAUCUUGCAGGCAUCUUCGAAACAGGAUAUGAUAGAUUGGAUUUCCAAGAUUGAUCAAUUCUUUCAAGUCCAAUUUUUGGAUUAA